AUGAUAUCUAAGGCACAACCAAGGUCAUCAAGUGAAUUACACAAGGAUCCUGUCAUCCGGAUACUUAUAGGUGCUGGGGAAGCACCUGGGAUUAGAGGGACUUGGUCAAGCUGUGAUGCAGUCUCACUAUUAUCAGUGACAUCUCUUCUUGUGAGUCUAACUGAAAAAUCAAGUAGUGAUGACUUUUCAAUUAGCAAUGAUGACAAGUUCUCUAGAUUCAUGGAGAUAGAUAAAGAAGUGGCAGAGCUGAGAAAUAGUUUAAAAGAAAUGAAACUGAAAUCUGAUCAAGAUGAUGAAGAGGAUGAUAGUUCAGAUAAUCAAUCUGAUGCUAGUGAUGUCCAGCCUACUUCUAUUAAAUUAUCAACUCUCAAUUAACACUCAAAUAGAAUGUUCUUUUUCACACUAAUCAGUCAGUCAUAAUCAAAAUUUUGUUAUCAUUCAUAGGAUUUUUCAGAAACUCAUUUAUCAUGAUCAUUUUCUUUACUCUUUGAAUUUAUUGUAGAAACUCAUAAUUGUUAAUUUAUUGUGAUAUCUCUUUGAUUUCAUGCUAUUCAUUGUUUUGCUAA